AUGCCAUCGACCCCAUCUUUGCCUUCGCAUUCUUUACAUCUCUUUCAUACCUUCUCGCUUAAUUUCCAACAAUUGCUUGAAAGAGACAGGAACCAUGACGUAAAGAUAACUGUUGGGAAGGCUCCCAAUGUCAAGGAAUUCAAAGCACAUUCAUUGAUACUCAGAACGCAGUCACCCUAUUUUUAUGCUGCAUUGUCAACCGAGUGGGUAAAGAUGGAUGAUGGAAUGAUUGUAUUCGAAAAACCGAACGUUGCGCCAAACAUAUUUGAGGUUAUCUUAAGAUACCUCUACACAGGAACGAUAGUCCUUUCACAGACGACACCCGAGGCACUGCUCUCACUUCUUGUAGCAGCUGACGAACUAAUGCUUCCAGAGUUUAUUUCUCAUAUUGAGGAUCAUCUCGUCUCUCACGAAUCAGAUUGGCUAGAGGCACAUUUUGACUCGGUCUUUACAAGGUCCUUCAAGCACGCAUCGUGGAUUAAAUUGCAAGAAUUUUGCUUGGAAAAUUUGUGCGACCAGUCAGAAGGACUCUUGUCUAGCGAGAAAUUCUUCAAUUUUGAUGAGGAUGUCGUGGUCGGUUUGUUAAAGAGGGACGAUUUCGUGGUCGAAGAGGUGGCAAUUUGGGAAAGCUUGCUUGCGUGGGCUAAGCGGAGGUGUGGUCGAGAGGGGGAGAAUGAUCAUAGAUGGAGUGAAGAAGAGAUUAAGAUGUUGGCUAAAUGGAUAGGGAAAAGUGUUCCACAUGUUAGGUUUUUUCGCAUGUCGAUUGACGACCUUUACUCCAAAGUGCGUCCCUUUAUUUCUAUAAUCCCAAGGGAUGUUUACGAAUCUGCUCUCUGGUAUCACCUGAAACCAACGCAUCUCGAUCUUGCUCUAUCUCCGCGCGGUGAUGCGAUCGAUUCCAAAUUACUCAAACUUAAACAUGCGGCCAUCAUCACAUCAUGGAUUGAUAGGCGUUCCAACGCGUACUCGUAUGGACAGAUACCAUACAAAUUUCGUCUGUUGGUUCGCGGAACCAGAGAUGGAUUCACUAGUUCUGUCUUUCACGCGCGGUGUCAGAGCGCACUUUCCACUAUCGUCUUGAUGCGUGUUGCGGGCACUAACGAGCUGUUGGGUGGAUACAACCCCUCAAAUUGGUACCCGCCUAGUACGGGAAGCUAUUGGAAGAGUACGCCACAUAGUUUUAUUUUCUCGUUUGCCGACAGUAGAAAUGUGAAAACGGCAAAGAUUAGUAGGGUUCAUCCUGGGCAUGUGAGUGGCGCUCUGUACGUUAAUGGAAGCAAUGGACCUGAUUUUGGGAAUAGCGAUUUGAGGAUGUUGGACAAUUAUGAUCUUGGGAGAUGUUCCUGUGCAAGAUAUCGUUAUGAAGUUUCGAUCAGAGAAGAAUCCAGUCCCUUUAGAGUGGACGAAUACGAAGUAUUUCAAGUGAGCAGAAAAUAG